UCCAAAUAUCCGUAUAUAUCCUCUCCUCAUCGUUUUCCUGUGAUCUCUCUCGUUUCGUUUCCCACCAACCAAACGAUCCCUUAGCUUUCUCUGGAGCUCAACAAUGGCUUCCACUUCUUCCAUCACUCUCUCCCAAGCUAUUCUCUCCCGCUCUCUCCCCCGCCAUGGCGCUUCAUCAUCCUCCGCCCCUCAUCUCCAAUCCCCCUCUCUUUCGCUCCCCAAUUUCAACGGCCUCAGAGCCUCCGCCUCUGCCCGCCGCCGCGCUGCACCCUCCGCCGCCGUCCGCCGCGGCCGCGCAUUGGCCGUGCGGGCGUCUGCUUCCGUUGGGACCGUGGAGGAGGCCGAGACUGCCCUCGUUGACAAGUCCGUCAACACCAUCAGAUUCCUCGCCGUUGACGCGGUGGAGAAGGCCAAUUCGGGUCACCCGGGUCUGCCCAUGGGCUGCGCCCCCAUGGCUCACGUAUUGUACGAUGAGUUCGUUAGAUUUAACCCGAAGAAUCCUUACUGGUUCAACCGCGACCGCUUCGUUCUCUCCGCCGGCCAUGGAUGUAUGCUCCAUUACGCCCUGCUUCACCUUGCUGGAUACGACUCUGUCACAGAAGAGGACUUGAAGAAUUUUAGACAAUGGGGAAGCAGGACCCCUGGUCACCCUGAGAACUUUGAAACCCCUGGUGUUGAAGUUACCACUGGUCCUCUUGGCCAAGGUAUUGCGAAUGCUGUUGGUUUGGCCCUUGCUGAAAAACAUUUGGCUGCUCGAUUCAACAAACCAGAUAGCGAAAUUGUUGACCACUACACAUACACAAUCCUUGGUGAUGGCUGCCAGAUGGAGGGCAUUUCAAACGAGGCUUGUUCCCUUGCUGGGCACUGGGGACUUGGAAAACUAAUUGCUUUUUAUGAUGACAACCACAUCUCCAUUGAUGGUGAUACUGAAGUUGCUUUCACCGAGGAUGUUUCUGCUCGGUUUGAGGCCCUGGGAUGGCAUGUCAUCUGGGUAAAGAAUGGUAACUCGGGAUAUGAUGACAUCCGGGCUGCCAUCAAGGAAGCAAAGGCUGUUAAGGACAAGCCCACUUUGAUCAAGGUGACAACAACCAUUGGGUUUGGCUCACCAAACAAGGCAAACACUUACAGUGUUCAUGGAAGUGCACUGGGAGCUAAAGAAGUGGAAGCAACUAGAAAGAAUCUUGGAUGGCCCUUUGAGCCUUUCCAUGUACCCGAGGAUGUGAAGAGUCAUUGGAGCCGCCAUAUCCCAGAGGGCGCAGCACUUGAAGCUGAAUGGAACGCCAAGUUUAGCGAAUAUGAGGAGAAAUAUCCAGAAGAAGCUGCCGAUUUGAAGGCCAUCAUCACUGGCGAACUUCCUUCUGGUUGGGAGAAAGCACUUCCGACAUACACUCCUGAGAGCCCGGCAGAUUCCACGAGAAACCUGUCCCAGCAAAAUCUCAAUGCCCUUGCUAAGGUUCUUCCCGGUUUCCUAGGAGGCAGUGCCGACCUCGCUUCCUCUAACAUGACCCUUCUGAAAAGCUUUGGUGACUUCCAGAAGGACACUCCGGGGGAACGCAACCUCAGAUUCGGGGUCCGCGAACACGGAAUGGGAGCAAUCUGCAAUGGGAUUGCCCUACACUCCCCAGGGCUGAUCCCUUAUUGUGCCACCUUCUUUGUGUUCACUGACUACAUGAGACCUGCCAUAAGGAUCGCGGCCCUAUCCGGGGCCAGGGUCAUUUACGUCAUGACACACGACUCGAUUGGUCUUGGAGAAGAUGGGCCCACGCAUCAGCCGAUCGAGCACUUGGCCAGCUUCCGAGCCAUGCCUAACAUCUUGAUGUUCCGUCCUGCAGACGGCAACGAGACAGCUGGUGCAUACCGAUUGGCUGUCCUCAACAGUAAACGGCCGUCGAUCCUCGCCCUCUCUCGCCAAAAGCUGCCCCAGCUGCCUGGAACUUCAUUCGAAGGGGUAGCUAAGGGAGGGUACGUCGUUUCGGACAACUCUUCUUCUAUGGGGAGAGAGAAGCCCGACGUGAUCCUGAUUGGCACGGGGUCGGAGCUGGAAAUCGCCACCAAGGCGGCGGAAGAGCUGAGGAAGGAAGGGAAGGGCGUAAGGGUCGUUUCGCUCGUGUGUUGGGAGCUUUUCGACGAGCAACCAGACGAGUACAAGGAGAGCGUCCUUCCGUCUGAUGUGGCGGCCAAGGUGAGUAUCGAGGCGGGGUCGACUUUCGGGUGGGAGAAGAUUGUGGGGCCCGCAGGAAAGGCCAUUGGUAUCGACAAAUUCGGCGCCAGCGCCCCCGCCGGGAAAAUAUACAAGGAGUACGGGUUGACGGUGGAGGCCGUGGUGGCUGCCGCUAAAGAAGCUUCUUAAGGUGGUGGUGGUGGUGGUGGUGAUAUAUAUUAUUAUUUGUCUAUUUUUUGUUCACAAUAAAAGAUUUAUUUAUUCUGAUUUUAUGUUAUUCUUCUGUCUCCUUUCGUGUUUUUCAGCUGAGCAGCUAAAAAAAAGUGAAGGCAUAAUAUGUUGGGAAAUUUUUAAUCCACUUUGAUUUGUGAGUUGAAUGGAAUGGAUUUAUUUUGUGCAAAAAAUUUAACAUAUGUCAAAGUAUUGAAAUUUCUAUAUGGUUUCUUGGUUGUUGUGAUGCAUCUAUUCACUUCUUCUAUGUGCACUUCCGCUUAUUAUACUCUCCUUGAAGAGAAAAAAAAAAGAUUUAGGAAUUUG